GUUAUGAAAUCUUUCUUGUUGAAGAAGCAGUGUUUCUACAUGCUGUGAAUUGGACGUAUAAUAUUAUAGAAAGAAUGGAAAAGUAGAUCUUCAUAGUGAAACUCCACAUUGAUUAACUUAUUUCCAUUAAGCUGGAAGUCAAAAAAGGCGUUUAAAAUGAGUGAAAUACAACCAACCUCAUACAUCCCGGGUGAGAUGGAUGGCUGCAGUGGUUCAGUGAAAGGGGAAUGUCCCCCAGAAUCUGGUCAGGAGGAAUCUAAUGCCCAGGAGGAGGACUCCAAGACUAGAUUCCAUGUCGACAGGACACUAAUUCCUUCUGCGGAACUCGCAGAAAUGAAUGAAGACAGUGAACUGGGGGAUCUCGGCCUGACUGUCUUCAAUCAAGAAGAAUUUGAGGAAGGUGUGAUGGCUCAGGUAGAUAUGGCUUUGGCUAAAGAAGAGGAAGAACAGCAGAAAAGGAAGCUUCAGAAGGAAGAGACAGACAUCAAAUAUGAUAUAGCUAAAGUUAAGAAGGAAGUCGAAACUAUGGACAAAGUUUUGUCAACUCUGGGAAAUGCAGCAGGAAACAGUCAUGUGAGAAACAGACUGGUCUCUGUCCAGAAUCAGAAGGAAAUUAAGCUAAGUCAACUGAAAACUUUGUAUGCAAGACAGCGAGCAAUACAGAUCAAAAUGAAUGGGACAUCAGAUAUUCCACAGGAUGUUUUUAAACAAGAUGGAGCUGCUCUGAACAAGCUAUUAGGACUGAAUUCUAAAUCUGAGACAGAAAAGGAAAAGAUGAUUCGACUGGGACAGAUGACUCCUUUUGGAACUGUUGUCUCAUCAUCAACAGACAAGGAUCCAAAAUCUGCAGAGGUAGUGGAAACAGUAAGAAGUAAAGAAUCUCCUGAAAGAUCAAAUUCUUCUGUCAGCCAUGGAAUGAAGGCUCAGGUAAAUUCAGCAGCUUCAACAUCACAAAGUACCGACAGAUCAGAAAACUUUUUUGACUCGAGAGACAAGAAAAAUUACCGGAAUGAUGUGGAGGGAGCAUUUUACAAACACAAUUACAGAAGUAAGAGGAGAUACUCUAGGAUAUCCAGUAAUUUCCGUGAAGAUUCGGCCAUGAGUGAUGAGGAGAACUGUUACUAUGACGACCCAGAGGGUGACUUGUCGGACGGGGAGGAGUACCGACCAGAGGAGGGGGAGCUCACAAGACAGAGCUCCGAGGACUCGGGACUAGAGGACGAACCAGAGAUAUCAAAAGAGAAGAAGGGAAAGAAAAAGAGGUCAUUAAUAAAACCAAAGAAACCGCCAAAAUAUAUGGUGUCAAGUGAGGAGGAGGAUUUUGCUGUGGCAAGCAAAAGGAAAAUUAAUCGGGACAUUGCAGAGCGAAAAGGCAAAGACGAUGGUGAUGAGGAUUUCUAUCACAGCCGUAUUGAGGAAUUUAACAAGCUUGAGAGGAAGAGGUUAAAGAAAGUGGAGAUGGGUGAGAUUGAGGAGGAGCUUGAUGAAGAACUAGAGGGAGGUCUGCGAGUACCAGGCAGGAUCUGGUCCAAGUUAUUCAAUUAUCAGAGAGUGGGUGUGAGUUGGCUAUGGGAGCUACACUGUCAGUCAGCGGGGGGCAUAAUUGGAGACGAGAUGGGGCUGGGCAAGACCAUCCAGAUGAUUGCGUUCCUGGCGGCCCUGAGACAGAGCAAAAUUGUCUCAAAACACUUCAAAUACCGUGGUUUAGGGCCUACAGUCAUUGUGACACCAACAACAGUGAUGUCUCAGUGGGUUAAAGAGUUUCACAAGUGGUGGCCAUUGUUCAGGGUGGCCAUUCUGCACUCCUCUGGAUCCUUCACUGGGAAUGAGGAGGAGUUGAUCUGGAGCAUUGUGAAGGAUAAGGGGGUCCUCAUAACUUCCUUCAGUACCCUGGUUAUCCACCAGGACAAGAUCCUGCCGUACGACUGGCAUUACGUGGUGCUCGACGAGGGCCACAAAAUUAGGAACCCCGACGCUCAAGUAACACAGGCAUGCAAACAGUUUCGGACUCCACAUCGAAUCAUCUUGUCUGGUUCCCCUAUCCAAAACAACCUGAAGGAGUUAUGGUCCUUGUUUGACUUUGUAUUUCCUGGAAAACUUGGCACAUUGCCAGACUUCAUGCAGCACUUUUCAAUUCCAAUAGUUCAGGGAGGAUAUGCCAAUGCCACAGAAAUGCAGGUUCAGACAGCGUACAAGUGUGCCUGUGUGUUGAGAGACACCAUCAAUCCAUAUUUACUGAGGAGAAUGAAAGCUGAUGUCAAAAUUAACCUCCCAAGUAAAAAUGAACAAGUACUGUUCUGCAGACUGACUGAUGAACAGAGAGACGUGUACCUAGAGUAUCUCCAGUCUAGGGAGUGUCAGGCUAUUCUGGCCGGGAAAUACCAGAUCUUUGCUGGCCUGAUCACCCUGAGGAAGAUUUGUAAUCACCCCGACAUUUGUACGGGUGGACCUAAGCUUUUCAUUGGUGAGGACACACAGGGUGACCCGUCCCUGGAGUAUGGCUACUGGAAGCGGUCAGGGAAGAUGAUAGUGGUGGAGGCACUUCUGAAAUUAUGGAAACAACAGGGACACAGAGUUCUACUGUUUAGUCAGAGCAGAGCUAUGUUGGACAUUUUAGAGUCUUUCACACAAAGUCGUAACUACAGCUAUCUUAGGAUGGAUGGUGGUACACCUAUCUCUUCACGGCAGGCCAUGAUAACCACUUAUAACCAGGAUCCCUCCAUCUACCUGUUCCUGCUGACGACCCGCGUGGGAGGGUUGGGUGUUAACCUGACGGGGGCCAACAGGGUGAUUAUCUUUGACCCUGACUGGAACCCCAGCACAGACACACAGGCCAGAGAGAGGACCUGGAGGAUUGGUCAAACCAAGCAAGUUACUAUAUAUAGAUUACUGACCUCCGGCACCAUAGAGGAGAAAAUCUACCACAGACAAAUCUUCAAGCAGUUUCUGACCAACAGAGUCCUAAAGGAUCCAAAACAGAGGAGAUUCUUCAAAUCCAAUGACCUUUAUGAAUUGUUUGAACUUGGAAGUAAAGGCAACAAAGAAGGAACAGAAACAGGGGCCAUCUUUGCUGGAACAGGGUCAGAGGUCAAGAGAUCAGAGGUCAAAGAGAGAGCCAAUCGGUUUGAUGUUCUGCAAGACAAGAAGAAGGCUGAAGCAAUGAAAGAAGAAGUGAAAGAAGAAGAGGAGGAUCCUUAUUUUGAUGAGAGUGAGAUCAAACGAAUGAGGGAGCUGGCAAAAAUGCUCAGUUGUAAACUAAUGAAAUCAAAGUCUUCUGAAAAAGUGCCAAGCAGUGGUAGUGCCAUAGCAAACAAUGCUGUGAGAAAUGGUUCAUUGGAAUCUAGGAAUCUUGAUCAGAUGAAGAGUGACAGUUCAGCUCAUGGAUCUGAGGAUUCAAAGGAUUCUGUUCAUAGUAGCAUAAUGGAGAGUGACAAUUCACAGUUACCAUCCACGAGUCAAGGGUGUUCCCAGAAAUCAGUCAGGCAUGACUCUAAUGACAGGGACUGUCAUGAUAAACAAAGUGAUAAAACCACAUCUAGUCUUCAUCAUCAAAACAAAUCAUCAUCUCAUCACAGACACUCCCACCAUAAGAAACAUCACAAGCAUCAUAAGCACAAGCAUCGGAAGAAGGUCCGAGACGCCGAAUUUGAGGGUAAGAAGAUCCCUCAUCUUGUGAAGCAGGACGUGUACAAACAGAACCAGGAGAAGGAAGAGGAAGAGAAGAAGAUCAUGGAUGAUUACGUUCUCCACAAACUCUUCAAAAAAGGUAUAGACACUGCCAUGAAGCAUGAUGUAAUUAUGGACCCUUCCAAGCACGACUACAUGAUCGUGGAGAAUGAGGCGGCUAGGGUUGCCAAGGAAGCUGCUCGAGCUCUGAAGAGGUCAAGGUCAGGGUGUAACUUAGCGAUUACAGGACUGCCUACCUGGACUGGCCAAUCAGGGGUCAAAAAGCCAAGGUUUGGACAGAAGAAGAACAGCAUUUUGGUAGACUCCACAAAGAAACAGGAGACACAACCUGCUCCUUCAGUGUCCACUCUGAAGAAAUCUAAUUCAGAGCCACCUGUGAAGCAUUUUGAUGGUUCUCUGGUAGGCAACGUGGUGAAAGAUCUAAAAACAGGACAAACUUCAUCCAGUUCCAUGACCUCUGACCUCUUAUUAAGCCAGAUGAAGAAGAGAAAUGAACUAGUGGCGACACCCGGUGAGGAGGAGGAGGAUGAGGGAGAUAACUCUUCGAGCACUGUGAUUGACUCAGACUCGUACAAACUCAUCUCAGAAAUUAAGAACUUCAUUCUGUUUGGGUGUAGUAUGAUCGGGAAGGCUUCCACUCAGGAAAUUCUGGAUGAGUUUGGUCCCAAACUUCCUCCGUCCAACUCUUCUCUGUUCAAAGCUAUGUUAAACAAAAUAUGUGUGUUUGAAAGAAACAAUGGCAUUGGGUUCUGGAAACUGAGAAAUGAAUUCCGUUGAAGAUUCAUGUACGACUACUUUAGUCGAAAUGCACAAAUUUGUUUUAAACCAGAUUUACAUAAUUAAUUUCAGGGAGCUCUUUUGCAAUAAUUCUUUAUUUUAAAGUUUGUAUUUUAAGGGUGCUUUGAAACAUUUGAUAAAUGUUUUUGCAAACUUAACUGAUAUGCAUACACUGCAUUUAUUUGGUGAAGUGUAACACAGCUAUCAGUAAAGGAUAUGAGGUUGUUUAUUUUUCCUAAAUGUGAGCAAAAACCAGUUUGACUUAAUUUUUAUACAGAAUUCCAUUGUCAAAUCAGGGAAAAAGUGUAUGUGUUCAUGAUUUGAUAAAAUCUAAAUGUACAUGUAUAUUAAAGGAUGUCAUGAUCAUAAAGAUGAUACAACUUAACAA